CUGUCGAUUGUCUGAUUGAGUCAGUUAUUAGGCCCCCGUCUCAAUUGUCAGUUUAUCAGCUCCGGGCGUUCUGUUGUGCAACUCAUAUCGUACAGGAAACUUCGGGCUGGGUCGGAUUAUAAGCCAAUAGUUCGUCCGCACCGCAUGUGUUCUUGCUGGUGAUGAAAACGUGAUUUGAAAUUGGAAUCAGAUGAUUUAUUUCUUUUUAAUUUAAAAAACGUAAGGAGUGUUAAGAAUGACUGACUGCAUAGAAAUGUCGAUAAUACGUUUUAGAGAGGUUACGAAAGUGAAUUUUGAAGUGUGAAGUGUGAUGUUCCAUUUCCAAAGAUGAAAAGUGUUAAAAGGAAACUGUCUACCGAUGUUAUUGCGGAACCGUCAUGUUGCAGAAGACUUUCGAUCGUGGCCUGCGCGUGCGCAAUAGUGUCUUUAAUUUUCAACGCUUAUAAUUAUGUGGAUAGGGAAUACAUUAAAAAUGACCUAGAUAUAGAAAAUAGUGAUUUUGUGAAGAACUUUCUAGACGAUAAGUUAGAGAAGAAAAUCGAUGCGUAUUUAUCGGAAAUUACAGGAACCACGCCGAAAAGGUUAAAACGAGAAGCAAUGCUGAAACCAUCAGCAAUCCAAGAAGACAAUACAGUAACGCCCCACGUUGAGUUCUUCAACCCUAAAAUGCGUGCAGAACUUGAAGAGAAGGACGCGAUAGAGAUGCGCAAGACCGGGGCGAAGGGACCAGCGCCUGGAGGAGACACGUGGGUGUGGUUGACCAGCUAUUCCAGAGUUCCUUAUAAAGUGGUACAAGGUUUCUGCAAAGCGACCCAAGAUUAUUGUCCGCCAGGCGUUCAAGGACCUAAAGGGCCAACAGGCAUGCCAGGUCCUAAGGGCGAUAAGGGCGAGGCUGGAGCUCCUGGUACGCCAGGACAUGCUGGUUCCCGUGGUCCGGUGGGCCCGCCCGGGCCUAAAGGAGAGCGCGGCUUCCCGGGUAAUCCGGGAUUAGACGGUAGAGACGGCGUACCCGGAGAACCGGGUCUCGACGGAAUGUCCGGAAGGAACGGCGCUGACGGAGCUGCGGGUAAAGACGGACGUGAUGGCAUGCCUGGGUUAGACGGCAGUCCUGGCAAAAACGGAAAGGACGGGAAAGACGGGAGACCUGGAGCGCCAGGACCACCAGGCAUCCGAGGUCCCAAAGGAGAUCGAGGCAACGUCGGCCCCAAAGGCCAGCGUGGGAAUGAUGGGCGAGACGGCGCACCUGGACGCCCCGGGCUGUCCAUCUACAAUUAUACCAUGGAAAAGGAACUGCUAAUACCGCCUACAUUUGCUCAGGAUCAAACCCGCGUGAUAGUUCGGGAGAGCGAUACACUACGCUUGAGUUGCAACCCGAUGGGUCGGCCGGAGCCUGCCGUGGAGUGGCGAAGGUCGGACGGCACUGCUGUUAUACAGGGUUCAUGGCGAGACGCGUCAGUGAGCGGCCAUGUUCUCAACAUCCCCAACGUGUCACGCUGGCACACCGGCAAGUACGUCUGUCUAGCUAACAACGGGAUGCUGCCUUCAGCCAACCAGACAACUGACGUCGAAGUUCAUUUCAGCCCUUUCAUCCGAGUGCCGAACAACAUAGUCUAUGUAACCAACAAAACUGCUAAAAUUGAAUGUGAGGUCCAAGCAUGGCCGGAGCCAGUCCUGGCAUGGGAGAUCGAUGGAGUGACCCUCGAAGGCUCUCGGUAUAAGACAGAGGUGGCGACUACCGGUGACCCUUGGCGCUGGGUCAUGAGGCUUGAGAUUCCUGGUGUCCGGGAGCAUGAUAUGAGGAAGUACAGCUGCGUGGCCAAGAAUGAACUGAAUAACCAGACGAUCAAAGGCGAUAUUCGUUUGAUGUAUCCAGGAGACCACCAGCAAAUCCCGGUGCAGCAACCGAUGGAGAUCGGCUCCCGUCCCCCAACCCUGACGUCAUACGAAGAGUUGUGCCAAGUGCAGCGCUGCCCUUCCUGUCCUCGGUGCGACCGCGCGCAACUCCUCAUAUCUCCCAUGAACGGAACGGCUGGCUACAAACCCAGAAGGAAUACUAAUUGUCAACUGUAUGCAAUAGGAAAGCCGGUGUACCAUCGAUAUAAAGAAGAGCUCUUUGGUGCGUGGCUCAGAGACUCUAACGCCACCGACACACAGAAGGACAAGCUGUGGACGACACAGGAGAAUGAUGUGGAGCGGUUAAGAGAGUACAGAAACAAAGGUAACUUCAAAACUGACAACGUCGACGAGUUCCAUAAACUGCAGAAACCGUUCUUCGGAAACGGGCACAUCGUGUACAGCGGCUCGUUCUUCUACCAGGCUAACGAGUCCGGCAACCCUGGAGAGAUCAUCCGCUACGACCUCACGCAGAGCAGGAUCAAGUCCGUACACUUGCCACAUGCUGACGGCAGACUGUAUACUGCUCAGCAUAACCAGGUGGAUUUCAGUGCAGAUGAUAAUGGUCUAUGGGCUAUCUACUCAAUUGAAGGUUCGAAUAACACAGCAGUAGCUAAAUUAAGUUUCGACCCAAACAAGGACAGUCUGAACAUCGACUACAUUUGGAAUAUAUCACUGAAUCAUAAGCAAAUGGGAGAAAUGUUCAUAGUGUGUGGUGUGCUGUACGCGCUGGACUCGGCAACAGAACGUGAGAGUAAGGUGACAGUCGCCAUCGAUCUGUACCUCAGCAAGCCUGUCGAGGUGGCGCUGCAGUUUACCAACCCAUUCCGGAAGACCACGCAGCUCGGAUACGAUCAUACGCAUAAGGAGCUAUAUUCUUGGGACCGAGGCAAUCAACUCACUUAUCCAGUGCGGUAUAAUGAAUUACCAGGACCAUAGCACUAAGAAAUAUUU